AUGAGCGGCAGCACGGGGCCGACGCCGAGUCAGGAGGAGUCCAUGACGGCUGCAGUUGACGUGGCGCAGCUCACAGCGGCCAUCCGCGUCAUCCUCAAGGACGCAGACCUGGAGCAGCUGUCGCGUCGCAUGAUCCGCAAGCAGCUCGAGACGCAGUUUGGUGCGGAUUUGUCCAGUUAUAAGGACGUGAUCAAUGCGACGAUUCUGGAAACCAUUGAAGAGCAACAAGCAGCGGAAGAAGAGGAAGAAGAAGAAGAUCAGGAAGAGGAGCAGGAGCCCGACCCGAGUGAAGGGGACGCAGACGACGAGCAGGUCGAGCAGCGCGUUCGCAAGAAGCAGUCGACGUCUGUCGAGAAGAAGAAGAAGAAGAAGAAAACAAAGGAAACACCAAAGAAAAGCAAGCGGAAGGCCGAUGGCGACGGUGACAAGAAAGCUGCUGGAAGAGGGUUCAAUGCCGAGCUCUGCUUGUCCCCAGAGCUCGCGCAGGUCGUGGGAACGGACACGAUGGCACGACCGCAAGUGGUGAAGGCUCUGUGGGCAUACAUUCGAGAGCACGAUUUGCAGGACCCGAACAACAAAAAGUCCAUCAUCCUGGACGACACGUUGCGUGCUGUGUUCCAGCGGGAGUCGUUCACGAUGUUCAGUAUGAACAAGUUCGUCAAGCGUCACGUGCGCAAGCCCGAUGACAUGCCGCCUGGGGGAUGGAGUCAGAUUCCUCGAGAUGGCGUUUCGAGUGACGAAGACACGGGCGUAAAGCCCAAGAAGAAAGCGGUGAAACGGAAGAAGAAAACGACGUCGAUGGAGGAAGGAGACGACGACAGCAAGAAGAAGACGCAUGCAUUCAACAUUGAGCUGUCGCUGUCACCGGAACUGGCUUCGCUCGUUGGCGCUGAUUGCAUGGCACGACCACAGAUUGUAAAGGCCUUGUGGGCGUACAUUCAUGAACAUGGGCUGCAGGACCCGCAGGACAAACGCACGAUUCUGUUGGACGAUAGGAUGCGACAGGUUUUCCAGCGCGACUCGUUCACUAUGUUUUCCAUGAACAAAUUCAUCAAACGACAUGCUCGCAAGCUCACAGACAUGCCACCAGGAGGCUGGGCGGAUAUCCCACGCGACGGACUAUCGAGUGACGAGGAUGAGGCCAAGACCAAGAAAAAAGCUCGAAAAGGCAAAUGA